AUGCGGGCUGCAGCCUCUUUGUUGAGCGCGAGGACUUUCCUUGCCCUCAGCACAUACGCACACAUUGCGGCUUCGGAAAGGCAAAGCAUAAAUGUUGCUUUGAGAGCUGCUUUCAACCCAGCACCCUAUCUAGUAGAGUUAUUGGAAACAGCCGCAGAAGAGAAUGCAACCGCCUACUACCCAAUCCUCGACCGCGUGUCGCAAGGAUACUUUGACGACAAGAACACAGAGCAGGAUCUCUACACAGCCUUUGUAGAUUUACUCCGGAACGACGGCCACAUUACAGAGCCCGAAGCCCUCGCCUCGUUCAAUUUCGCCCUCUCAGUCCGUUCGGCUGCGCCUCGGAUAGAAGCACAUUACCAGUUCUACAAGACCUCUGUAGAGCCAUCUUUGGCUGCCGAACAGACAACAGACUGUGAGCUAUGGGUAUCAUUUCAUGGAAAGCAGUACUGCUCGCCAACACUAGAGGAGCCACUGGGUGGCAUCAAGAGCGAAAGAACCUAUGAGCUGCCCUUCGACCGUAUACUUGGAAACAGUUCGGCCCUUCCCGCCAUUCUCUACGCCGAUAUCACGGCCCCUCGAUUCAAGAAGUGGCACGAGACCCUGAGUGAGACAGCAAGACAAGGCAAGACGUCAUAUCGCAUCCGCCACAAACCCUCGUCAAAGGCACCGCAGUCGCCACUGAUUGUCAAUGGCUACGGUGUCGAGUUACAGCUGAAGCGGACCGACUACAUCGUUAUCGACGACCGGCCAAAGGCAGAAGGAGACAACGUUGCAGACCAAAAGCCAUUGGGUACAGUCCUAGAUGAACAGGAAGAAAUCACAGAUCUGAAACCUUUAUCCAAAGAAGAGGUAGCAGAUCUUGGCCCGAAAGCUGCCAGUUUCGUCAUGCAGAGCGAAGAACCAAUGGACACGCUGCUGAGACUGGUCCAGGAUUUCCCCAAAUACUCCACCAUCAUUGCAUCGCGCAACGCCUCUGAAAACUUCUUAAAGGAGCACUUUAACAACCGUGAGCUUCUUCUCCCAACAGGCUACAACAUCAUUUGGGUCAAUGGUGUGCAGAUCCCAGCCCGCGAUGUGAACCCACAUUCCCUCUUGGCGCAUCUCAGGCGAGAACGAAAGCUUAUCAAUGGAAUCCGUAACCAGGGACUCUCAGGCCCUGAUACGAUCUCACUUCUAUCACAUCAGGCUAUUGCGGAGACCCAGACGGAAGAUGAGCCGCAGCGCUAUGACUUCCGCGAUGCAGCUGAAGGUGGCAAUGUGAUCAUCUACAUGAACAAUAUUGAGAAGGACUCAAGAUAUGAGUCUUGGCCUACUGAGCUACGAGCUCUGCUCCAAAGAACAUAUCCUGGCCAACUGCCAUCUGUUCGUCGCGACAUCCAUAACGCUAUUAUGCCUGUCGAUUUGACCUCUGCUGGUGAAGUCUCUAUCAUUCUGGACACGAUGCUUAGCUUGAUCAAGCGCGGCAUUCCAGUUCGAUGGGGUUUCGUCCCUCAGACCACGACUCCAGGUAGUCUGGAUCAAGCCAAGGUCAUUUACUAUUUGCAGAAUAGCUACGGCUUGUCCACUGUAAUCAAGUAUCUGACAGCGUCAGUAAAUGCCAAAAAGCUCGCUGCUCCGAACAAGACCAUUUUUGACACAACUGUGAAAGGGGCUAAGCUGCGAAACGAGCGCGAGGCCCUGGAGCUGGCAGAUGUCCUGACUUCAGAGGCUAUACAGGCGCGCAUAGAUGCAUCUAAACAAUACCUCCACCGCCUGGCAGCAGACAAGUCAAAUGCCCCGAUGUUUGUCAAUGGUGUCCCUAUUCCGCUAACCGAAGAUUGGCUUUCCAUCCUUAGCCAGCGCAUCGGACUGGACUUGCGUCAGAUCCAGAAGGGUGUCUUUGAAAGCGUCAUCAGCGAAAACAGCUGGGUACCUCAGCAUUUCCUUUUCCAGGCCGCCACUAAACGUAAUCCAUUGAUCAUUCCCGAAGACGAGAAGAACAUCCAGCUCAUCAACAUGGCUGAAUUCGAGGAGUUGUAUGGAAAAGCGUUAAGCAGCAUGCCACGAGUUGCAGCAACAGAUUUAUCGAGCAAGAGCGAAUGGGUCCACAUUACACUUGUCGCAGACUUUGACUCGAAAUCUGGUCUUGCAUUGUUGAAGUCUGUAGCAGACUUCCGCGAUACGAAACCCAAUGCGGAGAUCGUCCUGAUCCACAAUCCACAACCCGGCUCAAUGCAGUCCAGUGCGUCGGAAACGCUUCUGGAUGUAUAUGGUAAUUUGGGUGGUGAAGUCACAAGCGAAGCACUAUGGGCAGUGGCUAAUGAGCCAGCCGAUACAAGAGCCACCCGUGAGGAAUCCAGGACACUCUGGAAAACUGUCGAGCCAAUCUAUGAAGCUUUGGGGCUUGCACCAGGUCAGCAUGGCAUCCUCGUUAAUGGUCGGUUCAUCGGUCCCAUUCCCGAAGAUCAAGUAUUUUCACUAGGUGACGUCGAGACUCUCGUGACAUACGAAAUGGCGAAGCGCAUUCAACCUUUGAGCAAAGCUAUUGAAGAUCUAGGCUUGGCUCAGAAGCUGAAGACUCCUUUUGAAGUAGCCAAGAUUCAGUCCCUCGUUGCGCUUUCGACGGUGUCUGAUGUUCCAGAGGGCAUAUUCGAAACAGUAUCUACUUUGAGAAUCAGUACUUUCAACAACUGGGCUUCCGAGCACACUGCCAUCACCAAAGGUGAUCAAGACAAGGCUGUCUUCCAGAUCGUAGCUUCAAUCGAUCCAGCUUCGGAGCUGGCACAGAAGUGGGUGCCGAUAUUGAACACGCUGAGCGACAUGGAUGGUGUCCAGCUCAAGCUUUUCCUCAACCCGAGACAAUCCAUGCAAGAGCUUCCCGUCAAACGAUUCUAUAGGUACAUUCUUGGCGCUCGCCCUCACUUCAAUGCGGAUGGGUCGGUAGGUCAUCUGAAAGCGCAAUUUUCUGGCAUUCCCAAAGACGCAUUAUUGAACCUGGGUAUGGACGUGUCACCCUCCUGGCUUGUUGCACCUGAAGAAUCCAUUCACGAUCUGGACAACAUCAAACUCAGCUCACUCCCAGCUCGAACCAAUAUUGAUGCCAUCUAUGGACUAGAAAGUAUCUUGAUUGAGGGUCACUCUCGUGACACUACAAACGGUGGAGAGCCACCUCGUGGAGCUGAAGUCGUCCUUUCCACCGAGAAAGAUCCUCAUUUUGCAGACACUAUUAUCAUGGCCAAUCUUGGCUACUUCCAAUUCAAGGCUAACCCGGGUUUCUACAAUAUUCAACUCAAAUCUGGCCGCUCCCGCGAAAUCUUCAAUCUCGACAGCGCUGGCACGAAAUCGUACGCUGCACAGCCCGGCGAUGAAACCACUGAGAUUGUCUUGAUGAGUUUCCAGGGUGCCACCAUUUUUCCCCGACUGUCCCGCAAGCCUGGGCAGGAAACAGCUGAUAUAUUGGCUUCCGAGGAGUCUCUGACCUCUGAACUCGUUGGCAAAGGGACACAUAAGGUUAAUAAACUGCUUGGGAAAAUCGGGCUAAACUUCAAUUCCGAGAAGGUCUUACAAAAAGGCGCCGAACUCCUGUCUGGCGGCAAAUCAGGGAAGAAGGGCACCCAGGCCGACAUCAACAUCUUUUCCGUUGCCUCGGGCCACCUUUACGAACGCAUGCUCAACAUCAUGAUGCUGUCUGUCAUGAAGCAUACCAAACACACGGUCAAAUUCUGGUUCAUUGAGCAAUUCCUUUCGCCCAGCUUCAAAUCCUUCCUCCCCCACAUGGCAUCGACCUACGGUUUCGAAUACGAAAUGGUAACCUACAAAUGGCCACACUGGUUGCGUGGCCAGACGGAAAAACAACGUGAGAUCUGGGGCUACAAGAUCCUCUUCCUCGAUGUCCUCUUCCCGCUCGAUCUGGAAAAAGUAAUCUUCGUGGACGCGGACCAGAUCGUGCGCACAGACAUGUACGAGCUCAUCACGCACGACCUCGAGGGCGCCCCCUACGGCUUCACCCCCAUGGGCGACUCGCGCACCGAAAUGGAAGGCUUCCGCUUCUGGAAAACCGGAUAUUGGGCCAACUUCCUCCGCGGCAAACCUUACCACAUCUCGGCACUCUACGUCGUCGACCUCGUCCGCUUCCGCCAACUCGCCGCCGGCGACCGCCUCCGCCAACAAUACCACCAGCUCUCGGCCGACCCAAACAGCCUCAGCAACCUCGACCAGGAUCUCCCCAACAACAUGCAAUUCCAGCUGCCCAUCCACAGCCUGCCCAAGGAAUGGCUCUGGUGCGAAACCUGGUGCAGCGACGAGGAUCUCGCAACCGCAAAGACGAUUGACUUGUGCAAUAACCCGCAGACCAAGGAACCCAAGCUCGAUCGCGCGAGGCGCCAGGUGCCCGAGUGGACGGUGUAUGAUGAGGAGAUUGCGGCGUUGGCGAAAAAGGUCAAGGGUGAGGCGGGGGUCAAGGCGGUCGAGGUGGAUAUCCAGGAGGAGGAGCAGAGGCGCGAGAAGAGAGAAAAGGAUGAGGAGAGGAAGAGGGAUGAGUUGUGA